ACUGGAGGGAUUCCUGGAGAAGCUGCAGUGUGGGGAUGCUCUAGCUCGAGUACUGCCCCCAGUGUCUUUCCACCUCCUCCUCCUGCAGCGGCGGCGGCAGCAGCAGUUAUCAGCGGCAACUUGAGGCUGCACCCUGUGCAAACCCCCAGGGUGGUGCUCAGCUGAGAAGGGGGCUCAGCGCCCCAAAGGGGUGUGUGUAGGGUGGGGGCGGCCAGCUGGGACCAGCUGGUGGCCCUGGAAAUCCUCCCACACACCCACACCCACACACCCCUUUUGUGUUGCAGGCUGCCCCUCUGAGAGCCGAGGCAGCGAGAGAGUACGCUUGUGCCUGGCAUCAGCGCAGAGAGAGCAGCGGGGACAAGACCCGGCACCACCUCCUGGUCCUGCCUCCAGGGGAAACAGGAGAUCGAGAACCAAUAAGAGCUUGAACAACCAACACCGGACUCAGACUGGAAGACUGUUCUUCUGCCUGUUCAUUCCUGUAAACAUCACUGGAACUGUCUGAUUAAGACAAAAAAAAAAAAAGAGAACUCUGAAGGAAAGAAAACGAAGAACCAAAUACAACAAAAUUAUUAACAGAACUUUUCUCUGAAACUAAAAUGGUGAGCGAGAGUCAUCAUGAGGCCCUGGCAGCCCCGCCAGUCACCACGGUUGCGACUAUUCUACCCAGUAAUGCCACCGAGCCCGCCAGUCCUGGAGAGGGAAAAGAAGAUGCCUUUUCUAAGCUGAAGGAGAAAUUCAUGAAUGAGCUGCAUAAAAUUCCACUGCCACCGUGGGCCUUAAUUGCCAUAGCCAUAGUUGCGGUCCUUUUAGUCCUGACCUGCUGCUUUUGUAUCUGUAAGAAAUGUUUGUUCAAAAAGAAAAACAAGAAGAAGGGAAAGGAAAAGGGAGGAAAGAAUGCCAUUAACAUGAAAGAUGUGAAAGACUUAGGGAAGACCAUGAAAGACCAGGCCCUUAAGGACGAUGAUGCUGAAACUGGUUUGACUGAUGGGGAAGAAAAAGAAGAACCCAAAGAAGAGGAGAAACUGGGAAAACUUCAAUACUCACUGGAUUAUGAUUUCCAGAAUAACCAGCUGCUGGUAGGGAUCAUCCAGGCUGCCGAACUGCCCGCCUUAGACAUGGGAGGCACAUCUGACCCUUACGUGAAAGUGUUUCUGCUGCCUGAUAAAAAGAAGAAAUUUGAGACAAAAGUCCACCGAAAAACCCUUAAUCCUGUCUUCAAUGAGCAAUUUACUUUCAAGGUCCCUUACUCGGAACUAGGCGGCAAAACUCUGGUGAUGGCUGUGUAUGAUUUUGAUCGUUUCUCCAAGCAUGACAUCAUUGGAGAAUUCAAAGUCCCCAUGAACACAGUGGAUUUCGGUCACGUAACUGAGGAAUGGCGUGAUCUGCAAAGUGCUGAGAAGGAAGAGCAAGAGAAAUUGGGUGACAUCUGCUUCUCCCUCCGCUACGUACCUACUGCUGGUAAACUGACUGUCGUAAUUCUGGAGGCAAAGAAUCUGAAGAAGAUGGAUGUGGGUGGCUUAUCUGAUCCUUAUGUGAAGAUUCAUCUGAUGCAGAAUGGCAAGAGGCUGAAGAAGAAAAAGACAACAAUUAAAAAGAACACACUUAACCCCUACUACAAUGAGUCUUUCAGCUUUGAAGUACCUUUUGAGCAAAUCCAGAAAGUGCAAGUGGUGGUAACUGUUUUGGACUAUGACAAGAUUGGCAAGAACGAUGCCAUCGGCAAAGUCUUUGUGGGCUACAAUAGCACUGGCGCGGAGCUGCGACACUGGUCAGACAUGCUGGCCAACCCUAGGCGACCUAUUGCCCAGUGGCACACCCUACAGGUGGAGGAGGAAGUCGAUGCCAUGCUGGCUGUCAAGAAGUAAAGGGAAGAAGAAGCCUUUCUGCAUUUGCCCACAUAGUGCUCUUUAGCCAGUAUCUGUAAAUACCUCAGUAAUAUGGGUCCUUUCAUCUUUCCAGCCAUGCAUUCCUAACACAAUUCAGUGGUACUUCAAAUCCUGUUUUAAUUUGCACAAAUUUAAGUGUAGAGAGCCCCUGUGCCCUUCAUCAUACCACUGCCCUCCAAAUCUACUCUUCUUUUAAGCAAUAUGAUGUGUAGAUAGAGCAUGACGGAAAUUAUUUAUUGUAUCACACUGUUGUAUAUACCAGUAUGCUAAAGAUUUAUUUCUAGUUUGUGUAUUUGUAUGUUGUGUUUCCUAAUAUGUGUAUAUCUAGAUGUUUUUAAUAAGAUGUUCUAUUUUAAACUAUGUAAAUUGACUGAGAUAUAGGAGAGCUGAUAAUAUAUUAUAUGGUAAAUAUAGUAUCGUCUGCAUUCCAGCAAAAAUAUCAACUUGUAAGGCACUAGUACAGUUAAACUGACAUCUUAAAGGACAACUUAAACCUGAGCUUUCUAUUGAAUCAUUUGAGUACCAAGAUAUACUUCCACCACAUCUUCGGUGGGUGAAUCCAAUUUUGUAGAAUUCUUUCACAGGCAAAAUAGAAUGAUCUGAGCAGCAUCCAGGCCGACCUCAAGGAAGCAUAGCCACAAACCAGAAAAGCAUCUGUCUGUACAUUCUACAAAGCUAAAAUCAUGGCUUCACUCUUAUAUUUGAGGAAGCAACAGAACAGGAGUCAAUGAAUUCACAUUACUGCAUGUAGAGUAAUGACAGGAUAUGGUGUUCAGUGAGUAUGCAAGGGCGUAUGAGCUAAUGAGUGUAUGUGUUUGUGUGCAUGUGUGGAGCACACAUUUGUUUGGGGAUGGGUGGGGGAGGAGAAACUGAGGGGAAAAGUCAGCAUUUCUGAAAUAUUGCCUAUUUAAAAAGAAAAAAAUAGCUCUCCAUUAUCACCUUUAUACAAAAUGUGCAUCCUGUGAAUUCUGUUCCAGAUUUCACACCUAUAAUGAUUCCAAAAGGUUUGCACAUUAGACUUUGUAACAAAAUAUUUUAUUAUACAAAACCAGAUUAGAAGGAAUGCAGAAUAUUUUUAACACAGCAAUCUGUGCUUAUUACACAAAAUUACUUUGUGGUAAACAGACAGUAUUGUAAUCCCAUCAAAGAUGAAAAAAAAAAAAAACUAAUUAGCCAUAGUUCUGAAUGCACUUCAAUUAAGCCAAAACAGACAGCUAGUGAUCUUUUUAUAUACUCUUUUUACUUAAAUAAGUUUUAAUUUGUCCUUUAAACAAAGGUGAAACAAAACCAAGAACAAGUUCUAGAAAACUGAAGCAACCUCUUAUGUACACUAGAUGCUUGAUUUAGGAGGAGUUUUUAAAUGUUUCAAUGUUAUUAUGUAGUAAUUGGCACUAUUAUGAAGCUAUUAGUCAUUCCAUACAAGUCUUAAAGGACUGCUCUGUGUAACACUGUGACUGCCGUGUGUGCUUAGACACGUAGUUUCCUCAGUGGAUAGCACUCAAUUUAUUCCGUAGUGAUAUUGUAACAAUACUGCCAUUCCCUUCUACUGCACUGCCCAAGGUGUGUGUAGCACAAACAGUUCUCAUUACAAAGGACCAAUUCAGAACUGAAAAGCUAUGCAUAGGACAAGAAGGACACGUCGACUGCGGUGGAACACACAGCAUUUUGUCAAGCACUGUGCAAUAUUCCAUAUUUUCCCCCACUAUAGUAGACAGCCACUUGUGGAAGGGCAGCCUUUUAUCUAUCCCAUGCUGCUUCUAGUCUUUUCUCUUACUUACUUCUGUGACCAGUUGGAACUUUGAGGUCAUAGAAAAGAGUGAUGCUCUAAAGCCAGAGUUUAUCUUUACACAUACCAAAAUCAAAUGGAGGAGAACCAAGCAUUGGUCUCAUGUUCAGUCUUCAAGAGUAUCACUUCAUGUUUUGUAAAAAACUGAAAGAGAAUUCAAAAAGGGCUGAUGGUAGACUUUAAACAUGGGGUUGGCUAUUUCUCAAUAAAAUAAGAAUCCCUGACAUUUUUCUUUCCUCAUCAAAGAAGAGGCAAGCCCUUUCACCUUUUACCCCAUCACAGCAAACUCUUAACUAAUGAAACAGACACAAAGGAUAAAAGGAGAAUGACAUCUCCUUCUGCUGAUGGUUCAUACUUCUUUAAAACACACACACACACACACACAUAGACACACACACACACAGAGAGAUAAUAGAAAAUGCACAAGUCAUAAUGUAAGAUCAAACAUCAGUUUGAACACAAUUCAAAUGAGACUUGUUCCAAUUUAAAGGACCAAACCCUACCAAAGAGGGGGAGAUGACUUUUAAAAAUUCCUUAAAUACCAGACACUGACAUUUAACUUCACCAUCUUCAGCUUUGAGUUGUGCACAAUGAAACAACGCUUUAAAACGAGCAGGUUCAAGCUGCUGAGCAGACAUUACUUCCUGCAAGAAAGUACUGGUAAUGCAUUCUCUUGCAACACUGCCAACAGGGGAUUGUCACCGUAGAAUUAGUUGGUACUAUGUCAUCUCUCAUAAGUCGGUGACCAAACCUGCUUUAUGACCAGGAUUCAUCUUUAGAUAAGCCACAUGUACCUUUCUGACAAAGCUGUGUAAAGUAUUAGAAUCUGAUGCCGUAGAAAGAUCCUAGUUGCCUUUGUGUAUAUUUACUGCCUGCUUGAGUGUUUCUAUGUGUGGGUUUUCUGUGUCUUGUAGAAAUGUUGGGGUGUUUUCUUCUGCCAUAAGGCUCGUGGCCCGCGAGCCCACUACUUUAGCUGUAUUUUACCUUCAUUUUUUGAUGAGGUGGUUUAAAUUUUGUUUCACUUUGUGUAGUGAAUUCCACAGUAGUUUUCUGGUCGUUGUUAAAAAUGACUUACCAUAUGACCUGGAUAUUCAAUAAAAAUGUUUUAUUUCCUGUUGA